AUGUCAGAUUCCAACACAACCGAUUUCACCAACCCCUCCACAUUCAUCCUGCUGGGCAUUCCUGGCCUGGAAGCUGCCCAUGUCUGGAUCUCCAUUCCCUUCUGCACGAUGUACAUCAUAGCCAUCUUGGGGAACUUCACCAUCCUGUUCAUUGUGAAGAGGGAGCCGAGCCUCCAUGGCCCCAUGUACUAUUUCCUCUGCAUGCUGGCUGUCACCGACCUGGUCGUGUCUACAUCCAUCCUACCCAAAAUGCUUAGCAUCUUCUGGUUCAAUUCCAGGGAGAUCAGUUUCAGUGCCUGCCUCACCCAGCUCUAUGUCUUUCACUCCUUCUCUUUGAUAGAGUCAGGGAUCUUCGUGGCCAUGGCUUUCGAUCGCUAUGUGGCCAUUUGUGAUCCUCUGAAACAUGCAAUCACACUGACAAACCCUGUGGUGGCUAAGAUCAGCCUGGCCGUGGUGCUGCGUGGCAGCAUUCUCGUAUUACCCUACCCCUUCCUAUUGAGGCAGUGGCCAUAUUGUAGGAACAACAUCAUCCCUCAGUCGUACUGCGCCCACGUGACCGUGGUGAAGCUGGCAUGUGCUGACAUCCGUGUCAAUAGUUACUACGGCCUCUUUGUGCUAUUCUGUGUGAUGGGUCUGGAUGUCGUUUUUAUUAUCGUGUCCUAUUCCCAGAUCCUCAGGGCCAUCUUCUGCCUCCCCACAAAGGAUGCUCGUCUCAAGACUUUUGGGACCUGCAUCUCCCACCUAUGUUCCAUCUUAGUCUUUUACAUCCCAGGUCUCUUCUUCUCUCUCUAUUACCGGUUUAACAAGAAUGUGCCCCUGCAUGUCCAUGUUCUCAUUGCCACUGUGUACCUCUUGCUGCCUCCCACACUAAACCCCAUCAUCUAUGGGGUGAGGACUAAGCAGAUCCAGGACAGGCUGCUCUGGCUCUUUACUUAUAAAGGGACCUAA